AUGGGCAAGGAGAAGAAGAACCACAAGAAAUCGGCGUCCCGUGCGCUGGACUGGCUGCGCAGCGGCGGCCGGCCGGGCUUCGUCGCCUCUAAGCUCUUCGACGCCGAGGACAAGGACGACGAGCCCGAAGACGCGGAUGCCGCCCCCGUCCGGAAGCUGGGGACCAUGACCUGCGACCGGCCGGCCCCGCUGGAGGUCGACGACGACGAUGUGGCGACUCCCAGAUCCCUGGACGACGACCGGGUGGCCAAGGGGGGGCGGAUGGGCCGGUUGUCGACGACGCCGGAGGUGGACAGUCUCGGCGAGGAUUGCCGGAGGAGGGAGCCGUUGCGCUCCGCGCGGAAGCUGCGGGAGCGCGCCGACGAGGGGCGGGUGCGCUUCGUCGGGCUGCAGAAAUUGCACGGGGGCGGGGUGGGCGGGGAGAGGCCCCUGGGCCUGGGGGACACCGCGGAGGAGCUGCGGUCGCCUCAGACGCCCUCCUCAGAGCAGGAUGAGGAGAAGCGGCUGAAGAGCGAGGAGCACAGGCGGCGCGUGGCAGACCUCAGGAAGGUCACGGGGCGCGGGAGCAGGGCGGCCGUGAAGGCGCCCAACCGGGAUGUCGGCGCCCGCAGCGGCGAGUUGGCUUUCGCGGAGGGGCGCGAUCCGGACAGCAGGGACGCCCUGGUGUCGACGCCGUCAUCAGACGGCGGGAUGUUCGAGUACGGGGAGGAGAAGCGGCGGCACCUGGCGAGCUCGUCGUCGAUCGAGGAGGAGCGGCUGGCGCGGAAGGCGCGGGAGGAGGUGGAGGAGGAGGUGGUGCGGCGGGCGGAGGCGGAGAGCCUGAUGCCGCGCAUGGCGAAGGUGGCCACGGCGGUGGCGUGCAACCGGUUCGAGGGGCGGAUGCGCGACGCGGAGGUGGGUUGGAAGAAGCGGAUGCAGGGGAUGCAGGAGGAGAUCGAGCGGCUCAGGCGGGAGAACAGCGACCUGAGUGAGGACCUCAGGGGGGUGGCCCCGCUGCGGGAGGUCAACGAAAGGCUGGUUAAGGAGUGCAAGUACCUUCAGCGGGUCGCCAAAGAGAAGGAACAAGCUGCAGUAGAGAAAGACAAGGACCUGCGGGAUGCACAGUCGUCAUUCUCGCGCCUCAGGAGCCAGGUGAACAAGGUCAGGGACUCCUACGAGGAGCUCCAGGAGCAGCUCAGGGUGUCCAAGCGGAGUGAGAAGGAGCUGCAGGCUGUGCUGCAUGCACUGAAAAAGGACGUGACGAGGUGUGGCUGGGAGCCGGAAAAGAUGGACGCCCUGCUCAAGCAGACGACGGAAGAGUUCAAUGUGGACUACACAAAGGCAAAGAACGAGCGGCUUGAAAAGGAACGCCACCAGAUGAAGCAGGAGAUUCUCAUGCUAAAACAAGAGCUGCAAAGGACGAGGUCAACGGCCACCUGCUAG